UUUAAACUUAAUAUUUGAUAUUAAAUUCAACUGUGACUGCCGAUGAAUCCUUGAUCACCUGAACACAAAACUCCAUAAACAUAAACAUAUGCUGGAGGCUUUAAAUCUUCACUAACGGGUCCAAAUGAUGUAGGGUUCUGGUUAGGGUUAGGAGUUGGGACCAUAUCUGUAUCAAUCUAGCUACGUACGUAGCUUCAUUUACUACAAGCACCUUUUGGGCUCUUCUAGAUAGCAACCCCAACUUGCCUAUGUUCUCUAAGCAACAUUUACCUAGAAGUGCUUUUUUAUUUCAAUUUUCCAUCACUAGAAGCACUUUGGAAAUUGGAAAGUUUUUAUGGAAUUUUCAGCAUCUGCACAUUUUCAGUAGUUAAUUCAAAGUGUUUGUGAUUAGUUCAUCCAUAUGGAAUCAAAUUAUAUUGAUGCUACUAAGAGGAGUGAAAGAAAAGAUGAGCAAGGAACUAAGGAAUCCUAAGCCUUGAAUGGCCAAUACUAUUAUGCAUGACACAAGCAACUGGUCCCCUUAGAAGUCUCAAGCAUCAAAAAGUGGGAGCACCAUAUAGAUUUAGAGAUAAAAUAUUUUGGUGAUAUCCAAUGACACUGCCUCCCCACCAUUAUCAUAUUCCCUUUCCUUCUUGGACUGUUUAGAACAUUAAUUUCUUAUAUAUUUUUUAAUACAAGCGAUAUUAUACUUUAAACAAGUAUAAACAGCGAGGAAAAUAACUCAAACCCAACCAAUGUAGUUAUGUCCACGUUUGCAUUUUGAACACUAACUUAACUCCCUUCUUUUCCAUCACACCCCUUAUUUAAGUCCAAGCUCCCCCACUUCUUCAACCCUCUAUCUCAAAAUCUCAAUUUCUUAUACCUUUUAAAUUGAGUUUUGUCUAGGAUUUGCAAUGAUUUCCAAAAGGGAGCAAGAACAAGAAGCAGAAGCAGAAGCACAAGAAGCAAAUGAUGAGAUUAUAGAAAGUAAUGAUGAAAGAUUAGGUGAUGAUCGUGGAGGUGAUAAUUUCGGAGACUGGUUGAGUUUAAGCCUCAACUCCAACGAGCCAUCCGAGGCGGAAGUCGAUGCCGAUUUUCCGUCACCAAAACCAUCCAAUAGCAACAAAGUUUUCUCAUGCAACUUUUGCCUGAGGAAGUUUUACAGCUCACAAGCCUUGGGAGGCCAUCAAAACGCACACAAGAGAGAGAGGGGAGCUGCCAAAAGGUAUCAGUCUCACAGAAUGAUGAUGUCAGCGUUGGGGUUUCCGUUUACCCCUGUCGCUGCAGCAGCUAGGUCACUCGGAGUCCAGCCUCACUCACUCGUGCAGAAACCUAGCAGCAGGUCAGAUGGGUCGAUGGUGGCGAGAUUUAGGGAAGCCGCCGCAGGUUUUGGGAUGGCAUGGACACCCUUCAUGCUUGAAGAAACCAUGGAUCAUAUAUGGCCAGGAAGUUUCCGGAUGGAUCAUCAAUUACCCAGACAAGAAUCAGAUGUACAUAAUAAGCAGCUGGACUUAAAUCUUCGGCUGUGAUCCUAAAUUCUGAUCCUAGUAUUGCUUGUAUUUCAAUCUAAAUUCGUCUAAAUAAAUAAUACAUGUUUUAGGAUCAUAUAAAUGCAUUUGUGUACAUUUUUUAUCUGGACAGGAUGUGUAAUUUGAUAAAUAAUGCUUUGGUGCGUGUACUGUAGUUGAUGGAACCUUUGCUAUUGUUCCCUGUUCGUUGUUUAGAAUAAUACUAGGCAUAUCAACUUUUUAUACGAUA